AUGCAAAUGGAUGGCCACAGUGAUGAGCUCAAUUUGAGCUUCGCAAACCUACAGAAGAUCACCAAGAACAAGGAGACGUCCCCCGAGCAGUGCUUUGCGGCCGUGGAGCUUGCAAGCCAGCGCCUGCAGCUCUUCAACGAAGACAAAGCCGAGGCCAACCGCGUCACCCCGAAAUCGAAGAAGGCCAAGAAGGUUCAACAGCUUGCCCAAAAAGCUGUUCAGUGGUGCAAUGCGAGAGGGGUCAAUCUGCCUCUGAACAACCUCAUUUCCAAGAUCGCCAAAAUAGGUUCUUCUGGAAAACAUGCUCAGAAUUGCGAAAGGGACUUACAGAGGACCAUCAAACGAUUCUGCAAGAGCAUUGAUGUGAAGGUGGAUGACGUCCCUAUCCGACUUUACAAUCCCGCUACGCAAGAGAUUUAUGAAGCCAAGGUACCAGUUCUUUGCCCGAUUUCAGUGGCUCACGCAAUCUGGGCCGAAGGACCAGAGCUCUUCAAGGCCAUCUUUCUCGGCAACGCUGGGUCUGAAGGUGCUCGUAAGUUCUGGUGCAAUGCGAAACAGAAUGCUUCCUGGUUUAAGGACAGUGUGUUUACUGAGGAUCAAUAUGAAGGCUUGAUUCCACUUUAUCUAUAUGGCGACGAUGUGGACGCCUUCCGGAAUACCGAUGGUGGGGCAGUGUCUGCAAUCACUUGGGGGUCCGACUUUGGAUAUAAAAAUCCAGCUAUGGUACAGAACCUCCUUCUCUGCGUCUAUGCUGAAUACACAGCAUGUGAAUUUACUCAUGCAGACUUACUUCGGCAUGUCAUGGACAAGUUUAAGCACUUGAGCGACCCACGCAUCAACCACCCUUGGCAUGCCUCUGGUUUUCGCUUCUACUUUGCAAGCUGCCGUGGGGACCUGAAAUGGAUUUCAGAGAAAUAUGACCUUCACCACUACCAACGAAAUGCUGACGAGUUUUGUUCGUUGUGUUCGGCUUGCAAGAAGCACGAAGAUGUGCGCUACACCUUCACCGACUUUCGAGAGACUUCGCUUCAUAAAUGUGGCGGGCGCGUGUCCACUCUUGACUAUAUGGCGACGAAGGCUAUCGAAGAUCUCCCGAUCCCAAUGGUGCAUGGCGGCGUAGCUUUAGUUCGGUUCUUACACGACGUUACACACAGUCAACUGUUGGGGACGAGCAAGGUCCUUAACGGCAGCAUCCUCACCUAUCUUGUUGAAGCGGGGCAUUUUGCACCCUUCCCGAGAACUGGAAUAUAUGAACUGAGCAUGACAACGCUAUUGCGGUUGGCCUUCAUCAACUUCAAACGGUGGCUGCGCGUCAAUCAGCUGCAGGCAACACAAGCUAGGUUCACUUGUUCACGCCUCAACCGCAAACAUCGUGGAAUGUUUCCAGCUCUUGCCAGUAAAGCGAUUAAUGGCAAGAGAAUAACUUUUUGGUUGUGCGAUCUGGCUGUCGCACGGGCUGCAAGGAGUAAUGCAACGCGUCUUGACGAGGACGUGGCAGUGUGUGUUUGGUCGUAUUGCAAGAUGCUCAAGAUGUUUGACUUGUGCGGCAUGGUGCUUUCCGAUGCAGAAGCAGCCGAGCUUCACCAUCUGGGUACUUUGCACUUGCUGGCAUACGCGCGCUUGAGAUCUCUGAGCUCGCAAACUGCUGGGAAGUCUUUGUUGCGCAGCUCAUUUUGUAUUCUGCCAAAGCACCACUAUUUGCAGCACGCUCUGGACGAAGCUUUGGAAAGCCGCGUGAACCCCGGGGUGUACAAUCUGCUGGCUGCAGAGCACUGGGUCGGUAUCAUUGGAAGGAUUGCGAGGACCUGCCAUCGGAGCACUCUUUCCAAGCGCUCAAUCGAGCGAUACCUUUGCAUCCUGCGGUUGCGUCUCACGAGCUUUCGACGCAGACUCUAG